UGCAUGUCUGCAGGGUCUGGACGUUUUACUUGUGGGCUUCAACGGAGUCGGUUCUAUGGACAACGGCUGGUUGAGUCUGUCUGGGAUUUCCUGCUCGCCGCCUGGACGGUGUAACUUGAGACGACUACCCCUUGCGAGCCCCAUCCGUUCCAGUCUUCUGUCUUCACCCAGACACACCACCAAGGCAAGGCGACUACCCAAUGCUCUCUGAAGCAACAUAAAAACACCCACACGCCUCCAUGUUUGGACUGGAAUCUUCAGGCUCAGCGGCUGAGCCUUCGCGUCCUGGCUCGCUCUUCCGCACUCGCACACAGCGCUCCAACCGCUCACAUCAGUCUAUCUUCAAGGAGGAGUUCAACUCGGACCUCUCGCUACCACUCCCACAUCACCACAGCCAUCAUCGCCAGGUUCCUUACCACCAUCACAACGAUAGCAAUCACAGCAGCUACAAACCAGUCGCGGCCCCCAACCCCUACCGCCCGUCCACGGAUACUGGCGGUAGCACCCUGUAUUACGACCGAGAACGAGAACGGCCUGGAGAUCCGGAGCAGGAGACCAUGGCUACCCCGACCCCCAGAGAGGUUCAUCGCCUUGCCUCACAUCACAAUUUCAUUUUUGACACGAGCUCCAAACCACGGCGACUUGGGUGGUGGGCCUUUGUAGGAAGACACCUCUCUCUUCCAGCAGUAUUCCUUGCAGGUGUCGUCUUUGUCGUUGCCGCCAUUGUCUUUGCUACUCUCACAAGCAAACGACCGCUUGAGUGCCCAGACUGGGCAGAAGAUUGUCGCACAAUCGACCCAUGGACAGCCGAACACCUGCCAACUGUUCAGGGCAUCGUCACUCUCGUGUACAUUAUCGGAUUGGGAGCACUUGCCUAUGUGGCCCUCACGCUAUGCGAGGCCGCGGUAUGGCCGCUGUUGGUCAAGCAGACCAUGACAAUGAGGGGUCUGGAAGCAUACUUGGCGGCCACGCGGGGGUCUAUCUUGGCUGCUCCGAGAGCCUUGAUGCAAGUCAAGACGGUUGCCAUGGGAGUCAUGCUCGUUUGCGCGGUAGUAUCCAUUUUAACACCGCUCGCUGGAAUACCGUUGGUUGGCCAGGCGUAUACAUUGAUUUCAAAGGAGGUGGAACUCAAGAGCAACUACACGCCUGGCGGUGGGCUCGCAGAAUCAUUCAUGCAAACCGAAGCACCGACUUUUGCCCACAUGGGUGUCCUGACCACGUACAACGCGUGGGCCUUGGACCCAGCCUCGGAACCUCUGCCAGAAUACCGGGAUUGGUAUGUUGAUCGGGAGGUACUCAGCACCAAGGGACACUUUUCUGCUCGGGCCGUCAAGCUGCAAACAACUGUGUUGUGUAGCCCACGCACUGUUGAGCAGCUUGUCCAAUACUGGCAACCGUCGAACGCCUUCCUUACCAACUGGACUCGCGCGAGCACCAGCUCACUAAGAGGCGAGAAACGUACCCCAGCAGAGGUCUACGUGCGCCCGCAACCUCAGUUGACUCUUUGGGCCGACAAUUAUACCUUUGAGACGUCCCACCGAACCAAAGCGACCCUUGUCUUUGCCGCGCUCAACGGAACCAUCGAAGGCGGCAAGCAGUCCUCCAUUGCGCUUGGUACCAUGCACAACGUUUCGGCAAUAGGUUGCGAUGUCACUGUCUCGGCUAUCGACGACAUCAUCACCGUUGGCAACCCAUCGAUACACUCGAAUAACACCGCUCUCCCGACCCUCUCGUCCCUCGAUACCCUUCAAACCAACACCUCCCGCCCCUCAACCGCUCUCAACGAACUUCUCCUCUGGUUUGCUGUUGCCCCCAUCCUCUCCUCUCCUAGCGUAUCAGGCUCCCAGCCAAUGUUCUUCAACUCCACCUCCACCAAUCGCGCCGUAGCCUACACCGGCCAAACUCCCCAGCGUAAUAACUGGACUAUCGACGGUAUCGAGUCAUUCAUCCACCUUUCCAUCGGCGCUCUUUUACAGUCCACCACUGCGUCUGAAAACCAGUCCACCGAGAACACCACACUUCUUAUCUCCACUUAUCCCCUCCAGUUCCUGUCCCGAUCGCGCUCCCUCCUCUUACUUCUCCUGCCUCUCCUUUUGGUUACUCUUAUUGUGUGUCUCUCGUUCUAUCUGAGCCACGCCCACUCACGCGAGUCCAUCCCCGUCCUUCGUCUUGCCGGGCCCUGCGAGCUGCUCAAGAGUUCUCAAACACCCUGGCUGCGUGAGCAGGCCGGAGCGGAUGCAGCAAAGACAUACCUGCCCAGUGACUUGGGUGCGGUUACUGUCAAGUUUGGGGUAGUCGGAAAGGAAGGGGCUGAAAUGGUUGGACUGGGUGACGGCAAUGGAGGAAAUGUCGGUGCGUUUGUAAGGGAGGACCCUCGGAAAGUACAGCCCCUUGACAAAGGCAAGGAGAGUGUGGACGGUCAGAAGAGAGGGAGUUCGGGGGAAACCAUGGAGAUGGGUGUUAUUGCUUAGGGGUUGACGGGGUGAACGGGGACAUACGGAUCGAACAUUCGAGACAUGACGAAAAGGGAGGCACUUUUCCCAGGAUGAUGAUUGAACGACGGUAUGACUUAUGACCUAAAACUUUUCACUACUAUCUGGCUGCAUAUUUGGACACGAGAAAAAAGAUUGAUAGGACCUUGAGCUCGGGGAAGACGCCGGCUCGACUUCGAUAAUGCCAUCUGGUUGCUGGAUCAACCGCAUU